AUGGCGAACGAUGCUCUCAACACCAACUCCCGCGUUGGCCAACAAGCCGACCUGGGCAUCUCAGCCCGUGCUUCGGACUGGUACUUUGCCGUCUGCGCGAUUAUGGCGUUUUCCACACUCGUUUUUCUUGGAAUGGGUUUUACCAAGCGAGAGACGCACCGUCUCUUCCACUACAUCACCGCCACGAUUACCUUUGUCGCUUGCAUAGCGUACUUCUCCAUGGGCGCCGGGCUGGGCCAGGUCCCCAUCCAGGUUGAAUUCCCCCGCAACAACAGCCAAGUUGGCGGCGCCGGCACACGCGAGAUCUACUACGUGCGAUACAUCGACUGGUUCAUCACCACCCCGCUGCUGCUAUUGGACCUGCUUCUCACUGCCGGUAUGCCCUGGCCUAGCAUUAUGAUUGCCCUCCUCGCCGACGAGAUCAUGGUUGUCACGGGCUUGGUCGGUGCCCUCACGAGCACCAGCUACAAGUGGGGUUACUGGGUGUUUGGCAUGUUUGCCUUCUUCUACGUCGUUUACGCGCUUGUGAUCGACGGACGGAAGCACGCUGGUGCGCUGGGCGGGCAGGUGAGCUCCACGUAUCGCAACUGCGGUGUUCUCACCAUUUUCUUGUGGUUCCUGUACCCCAUUGCCUGGGGCGUCUCUGAGGGCGGUAACCUAAUUCACCCCGACUCUGAGGCUGUCUUCUAUGGUAUUCUGGAUGUUCUUGCGAAGCCCGGCUUCGGAUUCCUCCUGCUCUGGGGGCACAGGAACAUUGAUCCCACCGCUCUGGGACUGCACAUCCGCGAGCCUGGCCAGCCUAAGAACCGCCCUGUCGGCAGCCACGACGGAGACCACGGACAUAUUGGAGGUGCGGGGCCUAGCAACGGCUUGUAA